AUGAGGGAAGCCCUUAGAGAACAUAAAAACAACAGGGAUACAACAAGGCGUCUCCGUCCCAUGUGGAUCUGGAUUUGAACUUGGCUGCCCCCGUCUAGACAGGAAUGAUGGUCUGGAGGUUAAAGGACGCAGGCGAUCUGGAUUCAGAUCCUGGCUCUGCCUGUGUGACGUUGGGUUCUAAUUGACCUCCCUACUCAUUCUAUACCAUGCUGGCUAAUGAGCAGGAGGAGCAAGAUUUGCAGAAAUUCCUGAGAGAUGUGGAUGAAAUCACUAAUUUGGUUCAAGGCUUGAACUCCACAGACCCAGCUGUCCAGGAAAAAGCCAUUUCUGAUACAGAGAAGAGACUGGAGAUCAAAGAUCAGGGAGAAUGCAAGUCCAAGUUGAACAGAACAGUCAUUAACUCCCAAGAUGCUACCACACAGAAUAUGGAGACAGUUAGACGAGACAGCUUCAUGGCAGCAUUAGAGAAAGAUGCGAAAGAUCGAGCCAAAAGGAGGAAGAAAAAUGAACGUUUGGCGAAUGCCCUGAAAGGGAAGGGAAAUGAUGCAUUCAAUAAAGGAGACUAUGCCACAGCUAUUCAGCGAUACACGGAAGGUCUGGAGAAACAGAAGGAUAUGGAGGUUCUGUACACGAACAGAGCUCAGGCUCACAUGAAGCUGCAGGAAUAUAAGAAAGCAAUCAAUGAUUGUGAAUGGGCUUUAAAGUGCAAUGACAAAUGUAUUAAAGCCUAUUUCCACAUGGGAAAAGCUCAUCUGGCACUGGAGGACUACAAUGAGUCCAGGAAAUCCUAUCAGAAGAUGUUAGAAAUUGAUCACCAAAAGGAAAGUCUGUUUAAAGACUGCAUGAAUGAAGUAGACUUGCAUGAAAGAAAAGCAAAAGAGGAGGAGAAAGCUCUGGAGGAAUUUCAGUCUGGAAAGUAUACUGCUGUGUCUAUGAAAGAGCUGCUCCAGAAACUCAAUAGACCUGACCAGAACAUCCUUUAUUAUGCAGGCGGGAUUCGAGUUUUGACUGAAUUAAUAAAAGAUUGCACUGAACAAACUUUAUUUAGAACAAACAAUGGAUUCAGUAUCAUCAAUGACAACAAGGUCAUAAGACGGGGCCUCUCUGUAGCAAAGAAAAACACUGCUGAAGUGGAAUUGUCCCUUUCUCUUCUCAUCCUCUGGCAAGCAGUCUGUAAUGGGAAUGAGGAGAAUCAGCGAUUGCUGUUAACUCACCCUGAUGUGAAUGUGCAGCUUCCCAUGCUGCUAUCAUCUUAUGUGCCUGAGAUUCAGAAGGAGAGCUUGGCACUGCUGUCUUUGUACUCUCAGACUGAGAAUGGAAGAAAUCUGCUGGUCAGGCACCAGAACCUAACCACGUGGCUGCAGAUUCUGAUUGAAUUUGUCAGUGUUAUGGAUGAAAGGGCUAGUUGUGCCAUGAACCUGCUAUCUAACUUAAUCAAGGAGGAAAAGUUCAAAAUCCAGUGUCGAAUCAAACUUUCAACAAGUGUAUUGCCUCUGUUCACACAGUUGUUGAAAACUGCCAAACAGGUGAACCAACCAGCCCUUGCCCAGUGCAUUGGCAUCAUGGGGGACCUAUGUGCUGAUGUAAUCAUCCGACUGCAGAUGGCUGAAAACCAAGAAUGCUGGCAGGCCUUUCUAAAGCUUGUGGAUGACUGUUGCUCCACUGGCAAUUCAGCAGGGUACCAAGAGUGUUUGUUCACAGUGCUGGGCCUGAUAAUGAACUUAUCCCUUGAAUCAAAUUUGGUCAUUCAGGAGCAUGCUGUGGAUGUUAGCAGGAAGUGUUUGUUUCUACUUGGCAGUAAGGAUGGAAGGAUUGUGACAAGAGCCAUUGGAGUUCUAAGUCACAUCUUGCCAGCAAGCUCAAUGGCAGUAGAAGAGGCAGUGAAGGGAGGUGUGGUAAAGAGACUGCUUAGAUUUUUGAAGGCUGGUGGACAGAUCACUUCCAGUUAUGCUAUAAAGACCCUUGCUGUGUGUACUCGAAGCAACAGCCAGGCUCGAGAGGAGGUGGUGAAGUCAGAUAAAAAGUUUGAUGUGUUACUGAAGCUCUUGGCCUCUGAGAAUGAGAUUGUGGUGGGGAAUGCUGCUUUUUGCCUCAGCAAAUGCUUCGAAGUACCUGGAGCUGCAUCGUCCCUGCUGAAUUCCAACGUUGUGAUGAUCUUAUUAAAACAUGCAGGCGGUGAAGCCAAAGAAACCUCAGUGCAGGAGAAUGCGGCAGUUGCUUUAGGAAAGCUCUGUACUGCCGAGCCAAGGCAUAUUCUUCGACUGCGGGAACUCAAUGGAAUGGCAAUCCUUAACUCCUCUAUGAAAUAUGUGCAAGGUCUUUGAAUUCCCCAAAUGUUUUUGAGAAUAGGCUGUUAAUAUUGUGGUAUUCUAUUUGCUGUUGCUUAUGCCUUCUCUAAUAAACAUUAUUCAAAGAGACUAGACAAUCUUUCAUCCCAUUAUCAAAGUGCAGCUCCCAUGUCCAGGGGAAGGAAAGCACAUUCAUUGGCACCAUAGCUCCUCUAAAACCAGAUCUGACCUCUGCUCCAAAUAGUCCAGUUUCCAGUCUCUGAUAGUGGCCAGCACUGGAAGAUACAAGAGUCCCCAGAAGGGACAUAUAUGGAAUAACCUGCGCUUGUUCCUAGCCCGGUCAGUCAAUGGUUGGCUUAAUUCCUGAUGCCUGAGGAUUGUUUCAGAUGUAUGGAGCAUAAUGGAGGAUAUUCUCUCUACCUAUGUAAAUAUCAUCUUUUUUUUUUUUAAUUCUCCCAAGCUCUGUCUCAAUGGGUAAGUCUACACUGCGGGGUUUUCCGGGAUACCUCCAUGCAAUUUAUGUAGCUUUUUCAGAAAAAAACUAUAGUGUAGACCUACCCAACGAGAUUAUGGCAAUGACAUUCACAGGGUCAUUAACAAUUGACAUCAAAACUAUUCAUGUAUCAGUGUUAUGCUUCCUGCCUUUCAGUUUCAUCAUUUCCAUUUGUUUUUGUCUUAAAUAGGAUCAUCCAAUUUACCUUCAUCAGCUUUCAUUAUUUUGUAUAUCUCUGUCACAUCCCCUCUUUUUCAUAUCCUCUGUAAACUCAACAGUACCAAUUCUUUGUAUAAUCAAACACCGUAUUUAAAAUAUAAUAAUGCAAAUAUC